CUUACUGUUUAUUUAUAAAAUAUGUUAUAAUUAUAUUUAUUUAUUUUCAACAGGGAAUUUAAAUUUUAUAUUUUUCACAAGUUUAUAAUUUAUAUUAUAUUUAAUAAAAACAUUUUAGUAAUAUAUCAAUAAUUUGACAUAUGUGAAAAGUUAUGACAUGACCUAUAAAAUAGCGCCAUCUUUAAUAAAAUAAUGAAAACACGAUAAAAAUAAAAAUCGAAACCACACAAUGGUUUCACUUUUUGAAAAUUACGAACAGCAAUAUUCAGUAUUAACAGCCGACAUUACCGCCCAAAUUGGACUCCUAACAGCUUCAGCUACUAAAGAUCGUCGCCAGCUCAUUUCAAAUAUUGAAAAACAUGUCGAAGAAGCUCAAGAAUUGCUGGAACAAAUGGAGUUGGAAGCGAGAGAAGUGGAUCAAUCGAAAAGACAAAGAUGUAGAACGAAAUUGGAUUGUUACAGAGCCGAAUUGAAGAGGCUCACUUUGGAUUAUAUAAAAUCAAGAUCGGUUAAACAAGGAAUUUUAUACGACAGUUCGGAAGAAUUGAACGACAUCAGAAUAUCUUCUGAUCAAAAACAGAGGCUUUUAGACAAUUCCGAAAGGAUAGAAAGAACUGGAAAGAAACUGGAGGAAGGUUAUAGAGUCGUAGUGGAAACCCAAGAAAUCGGCAACGAAGUUUUGAAGAAUUUAGGCGAACAGAGGGAAACUAUACAAAGAAGUAGAACAAGGCUAAGAGAAGCCGAUGAGGAACUAAAUAGAUCCAGUAGAUUGAUGAAUUCAAUGAUUAUGAGAUCUUUACAACAAAAAGUUGUGAUUUAUACAGUUUGUGUUUGCUUCGUUAUAGCUGUUUGUCUCGGGGUUUAUAUAGGGAUCAAAAGGAGAUGAAAAUACGUUUUAAUCAAACUUAGAACAUUGUAAGUGCAAAUUGUAUUAAAUUAAGUCCUAAUUUUUACUAAAUUAACCAUAUAAUUAAUUUAUAAGAUAAUUUAAUCGUGUUUUUUGGGUUUUAGUAAAUUUUUCUUAUUCAAUUUUCAUAUUUUUUAUAAUUGUAUCAAAAAAUAAGGGGGAGUUAAUUUUUUUAUUAUUUUAUUUGUUAAAAAAUGUCUAUUAACAGUUUGUUUGCGUGUAUCUAUCAGUGGAAAAGGGGUUAAUGUAUGAUGUUGGUGGGAAACGAUGUUAAAUUGAUGAUUUUAGGUUGUUUUGUUCAAAUUUGAGUUCAAUUUUUGUCAGAAACUUUCCUAUUUUGGAAAGAAUGUACAAAUAUGUCUUAUUAUUUGUCUAUAUUUCGCUUAAAGGACAUAACUUUCAGCAUUAGUCAGAAAUUAUGUAAAACUGGUGAAAUUCCUCAAUUUUUAAAUGAAUUUGGGUUUAAUUUUUGCUAAAACUUCUGCUAUUUCGUAAAAUUGUGGUUUAUGUUCAUCAAAAGGAUGAAAAAUGUUUUUUUUCUUAAUGAAAUGGACAAAUAUCUCUUGAAUUUACUCUAUGGUCAACUUAAAGGGCUUAAAUCACACGAAAAGGGGGUUGAACUCGUGAAAUUUUUCGAAAUUCCUUCUUCUGACCCUUCCAGGCAUUUAAUCAAGAUUUUUGGUCAAAUUUAGGUUUUAUUUUUGCUAAAACUUCUACUAUUUCGUAAUAUUUAGGUUAUAUUUCGUCAAAAGGAUGAAAAAUGUUUUUUUUUCUGAUUCAAAUGGGCAAAUAUUUCUCGAAUUUACUCUACGGUCGACAUGAAGGGCAUAAAUCACACUGAAAAGGAGUUGAACACAUGAAAUUUUUCCAAAUUUGCUUCAAAAUUCCUUCUUCUGACCAUUCCAUGCAUUUAAUCAAGAUUUUUGGUCAAAUUUGGUUUUUAUUUUUGCUAAAACUUGUGCUAUUUCGUAAUAUUGUGGUAUAUGUUCAUCAAAAGGCUGAAAAAUAUCUUUUUUCUGAAUGAAAUGAACAAAAAAAUGGAAAUAUCUUUUAGAUUUAGCCUACAGUCAACAUAAAGGACUGAAAUACAUGCUUUUAGGUGGAAAUGUUGUUAAACUGAUGAAAUUCUUCAGGUUUAAAGUUUCUUUUUUUUUACUAUUUCAAUCAUCAAAAGGUAAUUUUUGAAUAAAUUUAACGAAAUCAACUAAAAAAUGUCGAAGUAUCUCAUGAACUUGGUCUAAGGUCAAAAUGAAGGCCUCAAAUACAUGAUCUUAGUUGGAAAUGUUCAUAAACUGAUGAAAUUGUUCAAAAUUAGCUUCAAAUUUUCUUUUUUAUUAUUAUUUCAGCCAUUAAAUGGAGAUUUUUGUAAAAAGCUCUGGUAUUUUCAAAUGUUGUGUCUUAUGUUCGAACAAUUAAAGAAAAUUGAUUUUUUCUGAACGAAAUGAACCAAAAAAUGUACAAAUAUCUCUUGUCUUUUGUCUAUCUUUUGCCUAAAGGACAUAAAGGUGUGUAUUGAUUGAAAAUGUAGUUAAAUUUUUGAAAUUUGAUUAAAAAAUUCUUCUUUUAACCAUUCCAGCCAUUCAAUGAAAAUUUUUCAUCAAAUUUGACUAAAAUUUUUAUUUUCCCUUGAUUAUAUCUUUUACCUAUCCAUCUAAUGUUAAUAAUUUGUAACCAAACAAAAUGUACCAAGAUUUUUUUUGUUAUAUUUUAGUUCAUUUUUCACAAAAAAAUUUCACAAAACUCCAAAUAUAUCUUCAAAUUCAAGAAUAUUUCCUUUAAUCCUUAAAGACUUUUAAAUAUAAGACUUUAACCUUACAAUUUCUCAUUUCUAUUAUAAAGUCACAGUCGCACAUUUUACUUUGUAAUUUAAUUUUUUUCAUGGUAAAUUAUCUUCACUUUAGGUCUUUUUUAGAAAUUGCCUAUCAUGAGAGAUGUAAAAUGAAAAUAAUGUACCACAAAAAAACAUAUAAAACUGUCUAAAAAUUGAAGAAAUUCAUUUAUUUUUGCGCUUAUUAUGUAAAAGUUUUCAAAAACGUUAAAUUCAACCCAGAAUAUGUGUAUAUAAACAUUUAUAUAUGUAUAAUUACUAGUCUUUUAAAUUUAAGAAAAUUUUUAAACGAUUUCGUCAAAUAUGAACGAAAUAUUUAAAAUGAAAUUUCAUUUUGUAUUGUAUUUGAUGAAAUUUUUAAUCCUGUGAAUACAUAAAUGCUUACGAAUCUUGUAAAUCUUUUGUAUUCACUUGUAUCAACAACAAUACGGCACAAAAGUCCCUAGAUUUGAAUAAUCACAACCGGAAAUAUUUACGUCGUUAAUCUAUAUUUAAAUAAUUUUUAAGGUAACCACAUAUAGUAUUUAAUGUGUAAAUAAUAUGAUUUACGUUUAACAGAGAUCGAAGACUUUGUGUAAGACUGACCAGCUCAGUAAAAAAAAUUUUUUUUUUGAUAAUUUCGUCCUGCUAGUCAGUUUGACACCAAAUCUAAUUAAAUUUUACGUUUAUACAUUCCUGUAUACAUAUGACGCUGCAAAUGUGAUUGUUUUAUCAAUAAAACUAAUUUAAAUGAA